AUGAACAUAGCAGAAAGAAAAACAGAAGUGAUGACAUUUUACGAGACAAAAGGAGGUGUAGACACCAUUGACCAGAUGGUUAGUAACUACACGUGCAAGCGCCAAACACAUAGGUGGCCCAUGGUGCUGUGGGACAACAUAAUUGACAUCGGCAUCCUGAAUGCCUACACCUUUUUCAUGGCUCAGCACCCAGAUUUCAAGAGCGGCAUCACCUAUGCACGAUGUCUGUUCCUCAAACAGCUGUCAAAGGAGCUUGUCAUACCACACACAAGGAGUCGACUGGAAAGGUGCCCCCAACUGCAAACCCCGAUUAUUGAAGCAAUGGAAGGGUGCGGGGUGACAAAAGCCACAACCCAGACACAGGAAAGAAAUACACGGGCCAACCAAAGAGAAAAAGGUGUCAGAUCUGCCCAAGUAACAAAGAUCACAAAGUCGACGAUAGCCUCAUGUGUCGCUACGCCUGCCAGUGGACCCCGGCUGAAUAACACCCAGCUGUACAAAUUCAGUUACAGCACCGAGGUACUGGUGGACAGCCCUCGGAGGUCAAAAGAGGGCAGUGCUGGUUACAAGAUCUCCAGUGAUGUGGACGUGUAUCUGGUGUGGCGAGAUCCCAGCAACAAGGAUGAGCAGUUGAUCCAGUUGAAGAUCUCUAACGUGAAAGCUGAGCCAGUGUCUCAUCGAUCCCAGAAGAAGAAUAUUCUCCAUGAAACCGACUUUGAAAGUCUUCUGGGCAAAACCAGACUGGCAGCUCUGAUAAAGCCUUUCUUUGUGCACCUGAGAAAUGGAAAGGUUAAAGCGUUUUAUUCCUACUGGGCGGAGCCAGGCAUCAUCAAAAACCUGAAACGUGGAGUUUCCAGUUUAUUGCAACUGCAGUUCAGUACAGGGAAAGUUAUUGAGAAUGAUGUGUCUGGAAGGUGCACGGUUGCAUACAAAGCGGAAAACAACCAAGUGACAAGGACCAAGUUCUUGGAGUCGUGUAAAACUGCCGAGACUGGAUUCACCACACACAGCCAGGUUUUAGGUGUGACCCGGAAGUCUAGCUCCAUCACGGUGUUCACGCUUAAGGAGGGUUUUGUCCGCUCGGCUGUGGCUGAAGAGAAGCACUCACUGAUUGUUAACGCUCACCGGUCUUCGGCUGCAGAAGUUGUCUCCAGGCAAAGCUUGACACUGGUGGGGACCGAGGCUGGACCCCUGGAGACUGCUGGAAAAGAUGCGGUCGCGGUCGUCAAGUCCAUCGAUGCCAAGCUAGCAGCUGUUGGUAUCAAAGCGGAGAAGAUUAAAGCUCUGUGCAAGACUUGUCCAUCACUCUUUGAACACUGGCAGGCUCUGCAGAAGAAACUGGAACCAGGCGGCUUGUCCAAGGCCACGGCCCCUCGCAGCUUCUUGGCUCUCAUCCAGAGCAUCAGGAAGGCAUCCAAAGACGAGAUCCUCAAAGUGCUGAAGAGCUCCAGCAAGUCAUCUCUUCCUCAGGUGGUGGAUGCGGUCACCUCCUCGCAAACUACUGCAUCUUUGGAUGCGAUGCUUGAAUUCCUUAACUUCACAGAUGCCAAAGGCAUGGUUCUGCAAGAGAGGUUUCUUUAUGCCUGUGGAUUUGCCUCACAUCCUAACGAGAGAAUGCUCCAGACACUCUUGGACAUUUCUAAAGGAAAGAUUGGCAGCCCUGACAUCAAGGAGUCGGUGGUGAUUAUUAUGGGGGCCCUGGUUCACAAACUGUGUCAGAAAGGAGGAUGUAACUUACCGGCAGUCAUUGAGGUCAAGAAGAUGAUUCUGGAGGGGCCAGACAGCACACAAGAAGUGUCCGAGGUGCAGAUGUUCCUCCUGGCUCUGAAAAACUCCCUGCUCCCUGAGGCCAUUCCCAUCUUCACCAAGUACACUGAGUCAGAAGUGGGAGCGUACAACACCAUCGCCCUCACGAGCCUGCAGAGAUACGACGUCACCCUCAUCACUGAUGAGGUAAAACGGACGGUGAACAGAAUUUACCACCAGAAUCGACGGAUUUAUGAGAAAAAUGUGCGCGCCGCCGCCGCAGAUGUCAUCCUCAGCAGCAACCCGUCAUACAUGGAAGUCAAGAAUCUGCUGUUGUCCAUCGGACACCUACCACACGAGAUGAACAAGUACAUGCUGUCUAAGAUUCAGGACAUCCUCCGCUUCCACAUGCCUGCUAGCAAAGUUUUGAGACAAGUUAUGCAGGAAAUGAUUGCACACAACUAUGACAGAUUUUCAAAAUUUGGGUCAUCGUCUGCAUACUCAGGAUUCAUGGCACAAUCUGUUGAUGUCACAUCCACAUACAGUUUGGACAUUUUGUAUUCGGGCUCUGGAAUCCUGAGAAGAAGCAACAUGAACAUUUAUGGUAUUAGUAAAGGAGCAAUGCUACAUGGACUGCAGGUGGCGAUCGAGGCGCAGGGUUUGGAGUCACUCAUCGGCGCCACCCCGGAUGAGGGAGAGGGAGACUUGGAGUCAUUCGCCGGGAUGUCAGCUCUGCUGUUCGACGUCCAACUGAGACCUGUCACCUUCUUCAAGGGUUAUAGCGACCUCAUGUCCAAAAUGUUUUCCAUGACUGGGGAGCCCAUGAAUGUGGUGAAAGGUCUCAUUCUGCUGACAGAUCAUUCCGAGGUCAUUCAGCUGCAGUCUGGUCUGAAGGCAAGUGCGGAGUUCCAAGGAGGGUUGGCCAUCGACAUCUCUGGUGGCAUGGAGAUCAGUUUGUGGUACAGGGAGUCCAAAACCAGCGUCAAUAACAGGGCAGCGUUAGAGGUGACUGGCAAUGUUACAGUUGACAUGGACUUCAUGAGCGCCGGUUUGGAGGUCAGCUUUGAAACAGAGGCCUCCCUUGACUUCAUCACAACUGUCCAAUUCUCUGAGUAUCCUUUCCUGGUCUGCAUGCAGAUGGACAAAACCACCUUUCCUGUCAGGGAGUCUGUGAAGAAGCACGAGAGCCUAUCGUCAGGGAAACGUGUCGUGUCGCAAAAGAGCAGGAAGAGGCUGAUCCCCGGCUCUGAAUUCCCUCUGCACCAGGAAAACUCAAAUAUGUGCAAGAAGGUUUUUGACUCCAGCUCAUAGAGGAGACACCACUAACUCCCAGAAGAAAUCUUUCAUGUUUGUGGCUUCUUUUUUUUUUUUUUUUUUUUUAAUUUCCCCUCUGUGAGGUUUUUGGUGCAUUUAAGCAAUUGCAUAUUACACCUCUGUAUCACGCAGUGAAACACCCAAAGAGACAAAUGUGGUGAAUAUGUGUGUGUGUGUAGUUUUUUUUUUAAAUAACAUAUGCAAUGUUUACAUUCCUGUGAGUAUUUCAUUUGACAUUGUGUUUGCAAUCGGAACUUCUUGUAUUGUCUUGUUAUGGCUUUAUUUAAAAAUAUAUUUAUGUUGGGCACAUAACAGUACAAUCUAAAAAGGGGGGUUUUAUGUAAUUUUCAGGAAAUUAAGGCCAUACUAAAUACUCCCAGCGCCCCUGCCAAAAAAACACACACAUGUAUAUUAAUAAAUGUAUUUACAAAGAAGGUGCCACUUCUGUCACCUGUUCACACUUACUGUAUGGACACUAUGUACCAGACUACUAAUAUUACAGUUAACUGUGUGGUUUUACACUGUACCUAUAAGGUCUGGGGUGGAAUAAAAUCUGCAAAAUUACAUGAAUAAUGACUUUAUUUGAAUAAUGUUUUUGUAUGAUUGUUUUGUAAAUGUUUGUUGAGCUAUUAUGACCUUAUUGUCUUGUUGAGAGAUCACUGUUUUUAAAAAUAAUUGGAUGGAAAUAAACACACAAGCGAAUGGUGUAUAUUUGGAUUUUUUUUUCGGGGGGGGGUGGAAAAGUUCCCUAGUACACUCACUAAAUUCUUACCUAGUGUAUUAACACACUGUUUGCACAUUGGCCCUUCAGUGGUAAGCCCAGUUUUUUGUAGUAUGUAUAUAGAAGAAAUUGUACAGCAGUAUUUGCCUGGCUGUAACCCCCACUAGUUGAUCUGGGUGAGGAAAUUCCUUUUUUUUUUUUUUUUUAUUGAACAGGGCGUGACAUCAAAUCUCCAGUUGGCAUCCAAAAGCAACAACUGGGCCUUGAUGCAGAUUCUUUGAAAAGCACCGAGAGCAGCUGGGGCCAAAGCGGUAUCUGCCAGUCUCGUUGCAGCCAUAGCGACCAAGUAAACACAGCAGCAAAUGCUCAGGUUCAACUUAAGCCUCGGCUGGGUGAUGUUUCAGUGUCACCACAAAGCUAAAUUUUCAUGCUGGCAGGGCGGCACAUGUGCUCAUCUUCUGCCGGCACAAAUCUGGAUGAUUCAUUUUGAAAUAACGGAAGAAGGCCUUUUUUGGGGGGUGGG